AAGGAUUUAAACACACUGUAGGAAUACGUAGUUAUAAGAUGCCAUCAUAAUCAAAGCCAUCAAUUUGGAUAAAUUUCCUAUUACCAAAUUAUACUGAAAUGAACAUUGUGGGAAAGCUGAAUUUAAUGAUACCGUGGAGUAUAUUUUUGCUUCAUUCACUGCUGUCCUCUUUGCAAGGAUCUUAUUGCAAGCUUUCUCUUUUGAGAAGAACUUCAAGAAAUGAGUUUAAUGCAACUCGACAGAAAAGAGAUCUCUUAACAGCAGAGGUUCGAGCUGCCUCUCCUCGGUCACACCUGCACGGGUCCUUGACGCGCAGCCCACCGGGAGUCUCAAUUUGUUUGCAGAAUGCUGUAUCUGCUAAAAGGCUGCUGUCCUUGCUUACAGGUUCAUGUUCUCCAGAGUGCCUUAAUGGAGCAGGUUGCACAGAGGCAGGUGACUGUGAUUGUCAGUUAUUUCAGGCUCAAGGAAGCAGGUGCCAAAUUGUUCCUAACACUGGUAAGGACCGAGAUGGGAUUUGCAAGUCAUGGGGACAGUAUCACUUUGAAACAUUUGAUGGCAUCUACUACUACUUUCCGGGAAAUUGCUCCUAUAUUUUUGCAAAAGACUGCGGUACUCCAGAACCCCAGUACACUGUUUGGGUUCAUAACAGUCCUGACUGUUAUGGUUCAGUAUAUUCUUGUCAGAGGUCAGUCAGCUUAUUUUUUUCAAACCAAGAAGAAAUAAUUAUUUCAGGACAUGAAGUAAGAAAAGAAGGAAAAAGAUUAAUGUUGCCUCAGACAGUUGGAAAUGUUUUCGUUGAGAGAUUGGCUGACUAUAUUCUGGUGAAAACUACCUUUGGUUUUUCUCUUGCUUGGGAUGGAAACUCUGGUAUUUAUAUUAAGCUGACAGAAGAUCAUAAAGGGAAACCUUGUGGCCUCUGUGGAAAUUUUAAUGGCAAUAAAUAUGAUGACCUGAUACUGCAAAAUAUAGGUGAACAUACAGAAGACAUUGCUGAAUUUGCAAAUAGCUGGGCUGUGCAAACCCCAGAUGAUGCAGCUUGUGUACCUACUGCCUCAGAUUUUUCCAGUCCUUGCUCAGCUGAUGAAAAAUCCACUGAGGACAUAUUCUUCAAGUGCCAAAUAUUCCUACAGUUUCCUUUUUUCAGCUGUCAUGAAAGCAUAGAUCCAUAUUCUUAUAUUUCUAGCUGUAUGAAUGAUCUUUGCAGAGUGGAUGAUGAUGAAACGUACUGCAGAGCCGUGACAGAGUACGCUCGAGCAUGCUCUCAUGCUGGGUCCCCUGUGAGGGAUUGGAGGGAUGAUUUUCCUGCCUGUACUGAGACGUGUGAAGACAGCUUUGUACACCGUGAUUGUAUCAGUUGUUGUCCACCAACCUGCACCUUUGAAAAAGAUUGUCUUGGCAGCAACUUGCACUGCUUAGAUGGCUGUUACUGUCCAGAUGGUCUCAUUAUGGAAAAUGGAACUUGUAUCUCCGUGUCAAAUUGUCCUUGUACUUAUCAUGGAACUGCCUUCUCUGUAGGCUCAAAAAUUGAACAAGAAUGUAGUAAUUGUAUUUGUACUGGUGGCAUUUGGAACUGUACCGAUCAUGAUUGCCCAGCCGAAUGCUCCAUCACAGGUAACUCUCAUUUCACAACAUUUGAUGGACGCCAUUUUACCUUUCUUGGGAUUUGCCAGUACAUUUUGGUAAAAGGCACUGGGAAAAACAAAUUCACAAUCACUUUACAGAAAGCAUCUUGUGGACAGAACUUUGAUCAUGCCUGCAUUGAGUCUAUAACACUAGUUCUUGAAGAUGAUAUGAGCAAACAAGUGACUCUUACAAGAAAUGGUCAAGUCCAAACUGGUCCUAAUCAAGCUUUUAAUCUUAAUGGGGCUAUUGAAAUUCGGAAUAUAUCUUCCUUGUUUGUUCAACUAAAAACUACGUUUGGUUUGAAGAUACUGUUUGCUAAAGAUGGAGAGAGAAUCUAUGUUCAAGUUGAUGUCAGCUGGAAGAGAAGAACAUUGGGACUAUGUGGAACUUACAAUGGCAAUUUAAGAGAUGAUUUUCUUUCUCCAGCAGGGAUGAUAGAAGGGACCCCACAACUUCAUGCCAAUGCAUGGAAGGUUUCCUCAGCUUGUUCUGUGCCUAUCAACAUUCCCGUGGUUGAUCCCUGCAACAUUAAUCAGCAAAAUGUUGGGUAUGCUUCUCACUGUGAUAUCAUAAAUCAAGAAGUUUUUGCUCCCUGUCAUGCCUACAUCAGUCCAGCAUUAUACUACCAACUAUGCCGCUUUGAUGCCUGCAAAUGCGGAAGCAGCUGUUUGUGUAAUGCUCUUGCACACUAUGCUUAUGUCUGUGGAAAGCACGGCAUUGCCGUGGACUUCAGAUCUCAUAUUUCUUACUGUGCUGUGAUGUGUCACAGUGGUAUGCUUUAUCAUCAGUGCUCUUCUUUUUGUAAACACUCCUGUGCUUCACUUUCUACGGCAAAUAUCUGUGGUGAUGACUGUGCAGAAGGAUGCAAUUGUCCUGAUGGGAAAUACUUUGAAGAGUCGGUCAACUUUUGUGUAUCAAUAUCUGCCUGUCGUUGUCAUUACAAGGGCAAAGCCCUACAGCCUGGAGAAAUCCUCCCUACACCAACAGGAUCCUGCCAGUGUUUGAAUGGAACAGUGAGAUGUAUGGAAGCUACUACAGACAAUACAGUUCACACAUGCCCAGAAGGGAAAAUCUACUAUGACUGCAGAUCUCCUGCACCUGGAUUACCGGCAGCAGGUGUGAAUUGCGGGAUCUCCUGUGCAAACCUUGCCAUGAACUUCUCCUGUGUCCCCUCACCACCCUGUGCCAGCGGCUGUAUUUGCCCCCCUGGAAUGGCUGAACACAGAGGGAAAUGUUAUAUUCCUGACAGUUGUCCAUGCACCUGGAAAGACAGGGAAUUUUUGUCAGGAGAAGUCAUAGCUACGCCUUGUUACACUUGUGUUUGUCGGAGAGGGAUAUUCAAUUGCACUAGUUACCCUUGUCCAGCUGUAUGCACUAUUUAUGGUGAUCGACAUUAUUAUACCUUUGAUGGACUGGAGUAUGAUUAUGUCAGUGACUGCCAAGCUUACUUGCUAAAGAGCACAGAUAACUCAAACAUAUCUAUAAUUGCUCAGAACAAAAAGUGCUUUGAUAACGAUAUUGUUUGCUCUAAGAAUAUUUUCAUCACUGUUGGAGACAUUGAGAUUUAUUUCAGCGAACCUUCUGAGAAGCAGAAUGUCUUAAGGGGACAGGAAAACAAAUCUAACUAUCAGCUGUGGAAGGCUGGAUAUUAUACUGUGAUACACUUUCCAGAACAGGACGUUACAAUUCUGUGGGAUAAGAAGACCAUGAUGCAUAUUAAAGUUGGACCUCGAUGGAAGGGUAAACUGGCAGGUUUGUGUGGAAAUUUUGACAAAUACACUUCAAAUGAUCUGACUACAUCCAACAACAUGGAGGUGAGAAAUGCACAGGUAUUUGGAGACAGCUGGGUAUUAGGACAGUGCAAGAGCCCAAAUGAAACACUAAGACCAUGUGAGGUACAUCAGAGCAAGUUCCCUUAUGCGAAAAAGGAAUGCUCAAUUUUAUACAGUGAUGUUUUCGCACCUUGUCGCAAUGUGAUUGAUGUGACUUCCUUUGUCAAAAACUGUCAUACAGAUACAUGUAACUGCAAUCUUGGCGGGGACUGUGAAUGUUUGUGUACCAGUAUUGCAGCUUAUGCCCACAAGUGCUGCCAGCAGGGAGCAGUGAUACACUGGCGAUCUCCCUCUCUCUGUGCUUUUGACUGUGAAUAUUACAAUCAAGGGCUUGGUGAAGGACCCUAUAUUUUGGCAAGUUCUGGAGAAAAUGACACAAUUAUAGGAGCUAAUGUAUCUAGUAGAAGGAUAUUUCCCCUGCCUAGAACUGGAGCGUAUGGAAAUGUAUUUUUCAGUUUCAUGAUAACUCCAGGUCUUUUCAAAGAUAAAGAUUUAUCUCUCUCCCUUGUUUCCCUUGAAUCUGCUGAAAGGCCAAACUACUUUCUGUACAUACAUGCUAAUGAAACCAUUGGGCUGGAACAGUGGCAGGCAAGUGCCUCCUUUCGGAGACGAGCCACGUUUUUCCACCACCAUGGCCUCUGGAGUCCAGGGCUCAGCGCCUUCGAACUGCACAGUAAAAAAGGCUUUUUCAUCAUUCUCACAUCAUCUGGUGUUAAAGUGGCAAAGUAUGAUGACUCGGAAGAAUUCAAACGUCUAAGUAGCUUUAGUAUUGAAGAACUCAGUGCCUCUGUGCCUUAUAGAAGGAUGUGUGAAUGGAGAUAUGAACCUUGUGCUAAUCCUUGUUUUAAAACAUGUAGUGAUCCUGAAGGAAUAGCAUGUAAAUUUCUUCCUCCGGUUGAAGGAUGCUUGCCAUACUGUCCCAAAAACAUGAUCCUUGAUGAGGUCACACUUAAAUGUGUUUACCCAGAAGAUUGUAUACCUGUGACACCUGUGGAAUCAGCAAUUGAAACAAAACCAUCAAUGUUAUACCCUCACAUGAUUACUACCAGAGCGACAUUUCCUCAGAAACAUCCUAUUCUUGUUACUUCAGGGACUGAGUCAACUCAUACCCAUAUGACAACCGAAAUUACCAUGAAGGCAAACACAACUUCAGCAGGAAUGAAUAUGUCAGCACAGUCCAUUACAGACUUUUACUCACUGGAAGCAUCUAAUGCAGCCACCUAUUCGACAUUUUCAUUAUCAAGUACAGUGGAGCCUUCUGGUGUACCUCACAGCACAGCAAGCCCUUCUGUCCUUUCCAAACUCAUAUCUUCAACAGAUUUUCUAACUGCUUUUCAAACUUCAGCAGUCACAUCAUAUACUGUCAGUUCUACCCCAUCUAUAACUUUACCUAUUCCAAUAACAACUUCAACAACCUUACUCAGUGCCAGUCCUCUUCCAACAGGUUCUACAUUUUUAAUACACAAUUCACUGGGGGUAGUUCCACUUCCACUUGAAGCAUCAACCACCCAGACAGGAACUGUUCCCUCUACCUCAACAAAUUUGAUCUCCAAACCAUCUUCUGUCACUUCUGAGCUGCCAGCAGGGAAUGUGAGGAGUAGGAGUCCUUCAGUAAGUCAUUCUAAGGGAACAGGAGUAUCUUCUGAAGUGUCUUUGCCUGCUUUGCUGGCUGGCAGAGCAACUUUCACAAGAUCCAUAUUUCUUCUAGGUUCACGGCUGACAUUAAGUACACCUACUUCUCCUGUAUCCACUUUGUUAGAACUAUGUCUGGUUUUGGCCAACCUGUAUUCUUUAGCUAGGUUUUCUCCAAAGCCAUUUUUAUCUUCAGUGGAAAUUUCAGUGACUGUUCCUAAGCAGACAUCUCCAUUAAUGAAAGGCAGUAUUUCUACUGCUUUGCCCAUAGACAUUGGUAUUACCUCCAAAUGCAACAUUACCACCGAAAAAAUUACAGAGUACCUAAUAAGUCCUCGUACAGAGAUAAAAGUCAUGCCUGUUGCACAGAGUGCAAGCACUUUCUUUCCUAAAGAUCUUUCUUUCACAAUACCAUCAUCUCUACUUAAAAUCUUAUCAACAUCACUACCAUCCUCUGUUACAUCUCAUACUACAAGUUUUUCAGUGAUUCCCAUAUUCAGCAGGACAUCUUCAUUAACACAAAAUAUAACUGCUACCCAAAUACCAGUUUCAUCUCUAGAUGCACAAGGAGCCUCAAAAGGUCCAGUUACAGACUUUGCAACUUCUGCAGAUUUUCCUACAUUCGCUUUAAACUUUAGCUGUUGUACUUGCCUUUCAGCAGCACUAAACACAUCCAAUAUAAUGCUCUCUUUACUAAUGCCUAAAACUCCUAAGGCCACUUUAGAAAGCCAGUCUGGUAGGGUCUCCAUGUCUUCACCUCCUCCUAAGACCACUCAUAUCUCUACUGUUUCUCUAGGAAAACAGAGUUCUUCGGUAAGUUCUUCAGCAGAAGAUGGAAGAAUAUCAGUUAUGUCAGCUGGAAUCAUCACUCAAUCCACUACACCAAUGAUAAUGAACACAACAAUGAAUGCUACAUCCCUAAAAGCAUCUUAUACUUUUGUAAAAAUACCACCUAGCUCUUCAGCCAGUUUAUUAAUUGCUUCUGACACUACUGUAGCCCCUAGGAUUACUACAAAAACAUCUGAUUCUUUUGUUGCUGAUUUGAAGUUUCAUAUGGCUUCAUCUUCAGUUUCUACUACCAUAGAAACACCUAUGUAUGUAUCAUGGAAGUCUUUAUUUACAUCUCCAGCAUCUCACAUUUCAGAGAGCAGUACAGAAACUCCAAAAAUGACAAUCACGAAAACAACUGGUACUACAAACCCAUUAUCACAGACAAAGAGUUCGUCAUUUACAGCUUCAGAAUUUAAGUAUGCAACCUUAUUUGAAGGAACUUCAGAUACUUUAGAAAGCAGCCAGACUUCACAUUUGCAAAGAAAUGUAACCAAGACAAAGUCAACCACAACAGAGAAAUCUUCCCUGCCUUAUUUGACAGUACCUGUAGGUCAGAGUUCACCCUUUUCAAGAGAAAGAAAUAUAACCUUAGCAAAAAAUCUCUCUGAAGUUCCAGAUGUAAUAACAUCAGAUUGGUCUAAAAUCCUAACACAGAAAACAGAGACUGUGGAAACACAAACUUCUCUGGCAAGCACAGAAACAUUGACAGCUAUAGCUGACAAGGCUUCUUCUGGCACAAUGAUGCAUGCACUGUCGUAUACAUCUUCUGAAUGCGUGCCAAGAUAUCUUGAACCUGUCGACAAAUGUAGCCAGUACAUAUGUGUUAAUAUGGGUUGGAUGUUAUACAACCUUUCAAGGAACUGUCCUAAGGAUGUGAAGAAGCCAGAUUGUGGAUUUCGAGGAAUGCCAGUUCAAGUUAACAAUGAUAGUUGUUGCCCAGAAUGGGAAUGUCCCUGUCAAUGUUCUGUACUGUCUGAACUGAGUGUUAUUACAUUCGAUGGAAACAACAUAGCCCUCUGUAAUAUGGCUUCCUACAUUCUAGUCAAGCUACCAGGAGAAAUUAUUGUUGCUCAUAUAGAAAAAUGUCCUUCUAAUCAGAGUGCAAAUUCAAUAAGAAAUCUAGUUUCCCCUGCAAGCACUUCAGGGCUCUGUUUUAAGAAGUUGAAUGUAACAACACAUAGAUCUAAAUUACUUAUUAAUCGUUUAGCAAGAAAAGUAGUAGUGGAUUCUGUAAUUCCAUCAUUACCAUUUUCAAAAGAAGGACUGAGUAUUCAGGAUACUGGUGCAAUGUAUGUCAUUAAUACCCCAGCUGGUAUUAGCAUCAAGUGGACUCAUGUUACAGGCAUCAUAGAUAUACAGUAUGGAUUACACUCUAACACAUCAAUGAAGACAGAAGGACUUUGUGGGGUGUGUAAUGGAGACCCUUCUGAUGACCUGAAAAUGCAAAACAGGACCAUAAUUACAAAUAUGGAGGAAAUUGAAAUGUUCAUUAAGAGUUGGGCAAUUGAGAAAUCACAUGAUGUAACAACUAGGAGGCCAGUAAGAAACUGUACUGAAGAUAACUGCACAUACUGCAUAGAACUGUUAAACAGAAGUGUUUUCAUUCCUUGUCACAAGAAAGUUUCACCACAGGAGUUUUGUGAAAAGAUGUGGAUCAACAGCACUCAUUUUUGGAAUUAUGAGUGUGAUGCACUUUCUGCGUACGUGGCGUUAUGCAACAAGCAUAAUAUCUGCAUUAAAUGGAGGACAUCUGAUUAUUGCUCAUUGAGUUGUCCAGAGGGCAAGGAAUACCAGCCUUGUGUGCAACCCUGUGAAGCAAAGACAUGCUUGAAUAAGUGGUUGUAUGAAGAUUCUCCCUGCUCCUAUUUAAGGGAAGACUGUGUGUGUAAAAAUGGAACUAUUCUACAUAGAACAGACUCUGACCUCUGUAUUCCAGAAGAAAAAUGUACAUGUACAGAUAACAGAGGCCAACCCCACUCUGCUGGGGAGAUCUGGAGUGAGUCCAUGAGAGGUUGUUGCAUGUACAACUGCUUAGAAAAUGGAAGUGUUGUUGCUGUAGAACCUGAAUGUAAUGAUGAUCCACCACCAGCUUGUGAAAGAGAAGGAGAAGUUAUCAUCCAUGUCAUUGAAGAAAGGGCUUGCUGUCCCAAGAAAGUUUGUGAAUGUAACAUGUCAUUAUGUGAUGCCAUUAUUCCAACAUGCAAAACCAAUGAAAAAUUGGUUGUAGGCUACAACCCUCUGUCCUGCUGUCCAGAAUACCGAUGUGAAUGUGAUCCUUCAGUUUGUUUCAAUGCUUCUCAGCUGGACUGCAGAGAAGACCAGUUUAUUGUUGAAGCAAAACAGGAAGAUCCCUGUUGUUUCUCUUAUGUCUGUGUUUGUGAAUCCUGUAUUGAUCCUGUUCCCUUGUGUAAUGAAGGAGAAAUUCUCACUGUAGACCUUAAUACCAUACAUUACUGUUGUCCUCAUUACUACUGUGUUUGUGAUGAAAACCUUUGUUCUGAUCCUCCUAUUAAUUGUACAGAUGACAUGAAACUUGUGAAGGAAAAAAUACCUGGGCGGUGUUGUCCAGAGUGGCACUGUGAAUGUAGCUGUGAAAAUGCUACUAUGGUGACUUGCAAAUUGGGAGAAGUUAAAAAAAUAGACAGUAACAUUUACAGUGCUUGUGGAUGCACUCACUACAUUUGUGAAAAGGAUGAUGUGUGCAUCUUCCAAGAAGUAACAGUACUGAAUCCUGGACAAUCAGUGAUUCAGUACUUGGAUGGAGACCUUUGUUAUACUGUACAGUGUUUACAAGAAAAAGAUCACAACACAGGAUACAAUGCCAUGCAUUUUACAACAGUGAACUGUUCCCAGCAAUGUGAAGCUCAUCAAAUAUAUAUUCCUUCCCCCAGUCGCCAUAGUUGCUGUGGUACCUGUCUAAACGUGUCCUGUUUUUUUCACACUGAGAAUGGCACACAAAUUGUAUAUGAGGAAGGAAGCACUUGGAGCUCCAACUGCACAAACUACAAGUGUACAAAGACUGCUGCAGGGGCUAUGAUACUGGGCUCUGGUGUAGUUUGCCCCCCUUUCAAUGACACUGAGUGUACAAAGAACGGAGGAAUUGUGCAGACAUAUAAUGAUGGCUGCUGCAAGACCUGUAAAAAGGAAGAAAGAAUUUGCCAGAAAAUGACAAUCAGGACAACUAUAAGAAAAAAUGACUGUAUAAGUCAAAGCCCGAUAAAUGUGGCUUCUUGUGAUGGAAAAUGCCCGUCUGCAACAAUUUUCAAUGUCAAUAUUGAUAGCCAUUUAAGAUUCUGUAAAUGUUGUCGAGAAAACGGAACACGUAAUCUGACUGUGCCACUACACUGUGCAGGAAAUGGCACUGAAAUUAUGUAUGUCAUUCAAGAACCUAUAGAAUGUUCAUGCCAAUGGAACUGAGCAUUGCAUGGAUAUGAUUUCAUCUGAAGAACUGAAAUGUGUUUCAUUUCACCACACUAUUUUUUCACCUUGGAUGGAUAUACUACUCUGAAGAAAAAAAAAAAAAAGAAAAAAAAAAAGACACCAAUUAUGUUUUAUAAUGUAACUUUUCAAAUUUAGUAGACAUUAUGUUGUUGUUCAGAUAUUUCCUUUUUAAAUAUUGGCAUGUACAUGUAUAGAGAGAAAUCCUUUUUAGCAAGGUGUAAUUUAGUCAUCGUUUACUUUUAAAUGGCUUUCCAAUGAGUUGUUGAUGUCUAUGUUUCCAGUAUUUUAAAAUUUGGGAUUAUGGCUCCCUGUCAAAACUUGGAAUUUAUGAGUGGUUCUUUUCCUUUUGGUUAGAAAAUUUCAUUUGAGGAAUUUUCAUAAUUGGAAUUAAUGUUUAAAUAGAAAAGAUGCAUAUUGUGGUUUUGAGAGUGACUGAAUUACUUAAAAAAAAAAAAAAUGUCAGUCCAACUGAAACAUUUUUUAUCUCACUGAAAGGCCUAUCUUUUGUCCAUUAAGCAGUAGUCAGUGACUGGACUCUGCUUAAACUGAAAGUCAUUGAGAAACACCAUGACUGUGGACUGUAAGUACAUGUAUCACCUGAUCGUAUAGAAGAAGAAUGCCCUUAAACCUUUGACAUUUGCUUAAUUUUGGUAUAUAUUAUAAGCAUGAAGCAUGACUAGGCAAAGGCUGAAGAGUUCAGGCAUUUGUGCCUUUUUUUACAAACAUCUAAAAGCCGUUUCUGAUGUGAAGAUUUUAUAUCCACUUUUCAGAUUUCACAAAUAAGAAGUUGGCUGUCUACCAGUUGUAGAAUAAGAUUCUAUGUAUGCAUAUAUUUAUAAAAAAAAAGGGGGGGACUAGACAUUUAAACUAUUCAAAAUGAGUUUCUUCCUUUGACAGUUUGAAAUUUUGUGUUCAGUAUAUUUUAAUAAAUACAUAUACUUAUAUAUAUAUAUAUAUAUAUAUAUAUAUAUAUGCAGAGAUUUGGGCUAUUGACUGAAUCUAAGUUUCACAAUUUUUCUAUACAGGAAAAAAAAUAUCCAUGUAAAAUAUGCUUUGAAGGGCCUAGGUGAGCUAUGAGUGUUCAAUCAGGUUGCAAAUCUCCAUGAUUCAGCACCUUAAGCUGAAUAUGUUCUCUCACUUGUAUUAAGCAUACUAUGUAAUCGUAUCUUAAAAACUGAGGAUACUAUUUUCAGCUUGUUUUUAGAAGACUAUUUUGCUUUAUAAAGUUACCAAACUAGGCUUAAAUGAUGACAGUGAGAGUUUUGCCACUGACCCAGUGGGGUCAGUAUGAUCCUGAACACAUAAAUUAUUUCAGAAUUAAAAUGUUUGUUUAAAACUCUGACAACUCUUUGGUGGACAGUGUUUAUUGCAGACUGUCAUCAUUUAAUUACAAAAUGUUAGAUUAUUACAUUGUUUUAUACAAAGAAAAAUAAGCAAUAUAAAAUUCAAAAAAAUCUAAAGCUAUUUUGAUAGUUUUUGUGAAAAAUCUUGAAACUUUUGCUGUGUACAAUUUGAUUGCUUAUUAAGAAGGAUACACACUGAAAUUUGUCUUUACUAAGAAGACUCUCCUCUACACAGCCAUCUCCUUAAAAAUAGUGACUUGGUUUAAGAAUGAAAGAAAAAUCCAUUGUAUUAUUUAAAAUAUUUAGCUAUUAUAAAGAAAUAGUUAUCACCUAGCGAUCAAGACAAAGUACUUUUUUUUGAGAAAGUAUAUGCUUUAUUUGCACUAUUUUAUGACUCCAUGGUGGAUAUUUCAAGAAAAUAUACAAGGGCCUAGAAACAAAACGUUCUUUGACAUAAUUGUUGGAAUUUGUGUACAGAAAAUUUCCACACAGGCCAGAAAUGGAAAUUAAAUAAUUGUCAUAGCUAUAAAGUUUGAGUACUUGUACAGCAAAAUAAAAGGACAACUAUUCAAAGAAAAAUAUAUCUCUAGGAUCUCUUGAUUUAUUAACAUGGAGAUAGGAAUUCUACAUUUACUUCAAGAGAUUUUGCCCCCAAACUUCUUAAUGAAUUUAGCAUUUGAAAAAUGACUUCAGAAAGCUCCUGCAAGAUAGCACUAUUACACAUGGUGACUGAACACUUACAGUGUUUUGAUUGAACAGCUCUGCUUUUUGUAAACAAUGUGCUUUUGUAAGAUUUAGAACUGUAUUUGUAAUUAAAGAGAAAUUAAUAAACAUUAUUUUGCAGAAUCAUAUAUAUGUUAACAAGUCAGUGUUGAUGUGUUUAAUUUACCUUUGUCACUGAUGAUAAUGCAGAACCUUAGAUUAACCUGGAAUUAAAAACAGGCAAACUUAAAA